UGAUGUUUCAUAACUGGAAAUGUGCUGCUGGAAAACAGCCUGGGUCGAGUUCUGUAAGUUAGUAAGUUACAAUAGAGGCAGCGAAUGCAAUACACUUGAACCGAGUUUGUGUUUAAAAGAAGAACAAAUUAAAGGUGUUUUUUAUCCUCUGGCCACGCCCACCAUGCUUGAGGAAAACUGCAUCCGUGAAACUCGUUGUUUCAGACCCCUUGAUCUUAUUUGAUCCUGUAUGAACUUUAUUUAUUAAAAAGGACAAUGUGAGGAGUGAUCGUGUUGCCUGCUCUGUGAUGGUAUUGAUGGAUUUCUGACAUGCACUAUGCCACGGGCACCGCUCUGACCCGUUGGAGACCGCGCUGACGUCACGCACUGGGCGUCACCGUGAAGAUGGCGGAGGCUGCGGACACACCACAACACCGGUUUUUCUGUCACUGCUGUAAAAGUGAAACAAACCCCAAACUCCCGGAUUUCGUCUGCCCCAGAUGUGACUCUGACUUCAUUGAGGAGGUGACAGAAGACUCCAGUCUCCUGCAGAAUAGCACACCAGUGGCCAGUGAGGACUCUAAUGCGGCAUUCUCAGAGGUAUGUCCUUACACAUGGCUUUUAAAAAUGUACACUCCUCUUUUUCUGACACUUUACUUGGUCUCUCUCUCCAAGUUAUGGCAGCUGCUGUUUAUGGAGCGCUCUGCUCUGCUGUCGCAUCCGCCCUCUUCCGAGUCCGAGCCUGAGGACAGCGAGCAGGUAUCUGCAGGUCAGAGCUGCCCUUCCUCCACUGAGGCCGGGGAACCAGAGUCUCCUUCCCAGCCUGAACAAGAGAGGUCGCCCAGGCCUGAACAAAGGCCUGCAGUGGAAGGGAUUGUGCACCAGUUCUUGGCCGACCUGUUUGCCAACAACGGAAACCCCGGUGCUGCACCAGCUGCACUAUCCAGCAUGCUACAGUUGCACUCAAACCCUGGGGAUUAUGCGUGGGGUCAGGGAGGUCUGGAUGCUGUCAUCACAGAGUUGUUAGGACAGUUGGAGGGCACAGGUCCACCCCCUGCUGAAAAGGAGAUGAUAUCAUCCCUGCCAACAGUGUGUAUCUCUCAAGAACAGACAGACUGCAGACUGCAGUGUCCAGUUUGUAGGGAGGAGUAUUCAUCAGGUGAAUCCGUCAGGAAGCUACCGUGCCUCCAUUACUUCCACAGUGAAUGUAUAGUACCUUGGCUGGAGCUGCAUGAUACCUGCCCAGUAUGCCGAAAAAGCCUCGACGGUGUCGAUAACAGCCCCCCGCCCACAUCAGAACCCCCAGAAGCUCGCUCCUUCAGGACGGAGCAACAGGAGAAGCAGGCGAUCUGAGAAAAGAGCCAAGCGACUGUGUAGCUGUUUUCA